AUGGCAGCCACUCUCUGUCAGGUGAUGGGCUUCCUUUUAGGUUUGUUAGGGGUAGCGGGAAUAAUCGCUGCAACAGGGAUGGACCAGUGGGCGACAGAAGAUCUUUUCGACAAUCCCGUGACCGCUGUGUUCUCGUAUUCGGGCCUGUGGAGGUCCUGUGUUCGGCAGAGCUCCGGCUUCACAGAGUGCCGACCUUAUUUCACCAUUCUGGGACUGCCAGCCCUGCUCCAAGCCGUCCGGGCAUUGAUGAUUGUUGGUAUUAUUCUCGGAGCCAUCGGCUGUCUGAUCGCCAUAUUUGCACUGAAGUGCUUGAAAAUGGGGAACAUGGAAGACAACAUCAAAGCCACAAUGACUCUGACAGCUGGGAUCAUGGUUCUUCUUGCAGGUGUCUGUGGCAUUGCUGGCGUGUCGGCCUUUGCUAACUUGAUCGUGCAAAGUUUUCGGUUCACGACAUAUGCUGACAGCGGAUUAGGAGGAAGCGGUAUGUUUGGAGGAGGGGCCAUUGGUGGACUCUCAGGAGGUCUGACUCCAAGAUACACAUUUGGUCCUGCACUCUUCGUGGGUUGGAUCGGUGGAGCUAUCUUAGUCAUUGGAGGCAUCAUGAUGUGUUUGGCUUGCCGUGGAAUGGUUCCAGAGAAGAAUCAACGGUAUGAUGGGAUGGCCUAUAAAGCCGCCUCUCACCACACCGUCUACAAGUCUGAGACCAGACCCCGGACAGCUUACAACGAUUCCUACAAGGCCCAAAGUAUGGAUGGACGGCAGUCGAAUCAGAGAUUUGACUACGUGUAG